AUGGAUGAAAUUCAUAGUGACAAUGAAGACAAUGAUGAAGGUUCAGAAGGAUCUACUUCAAAAAAAGGCAGAAAUACUAUAAGUAUGCGGGAGUACUAUUGUUACAAGUUCCAGAUACGGUCGAAUGAUAAUAUGAUUUUGAUGGGAGGGAGAUUGUUCCAGCAAUUUGCAGUAGAUACCUAUAUAAAGAUUGAGACUACACGUUUGGUUUUUGUUGAAAAGAACCAAACUAAAAUUAGAGCCGAUUUAUACCAGGGCGUUGUUGAUUGCUUCAAUGCCGGUGAGGCUCAACCAAGUAGGGUUGGACAGAGAGUUGUGUUACCUGCAAGUUUCAUUGGAGGUCCACGUGACAUGCGUCGAAGAUUUCUGGAUGCCAUGGCUUUAGUUCAAGAUGAUGGGAGGCCUGAUAUGUUUCUUACAAUGACGUGCAACCCAAAAUGGAAAGAAAUCGAUGAUGAGUUAUUGCCUGGACAGUCAGCUCAAGAUCGAUCGGACCUUGUUGCAAGAGUUUUUCAUGCUAAGUUAGAGGAUCUCAAGGUACAGUUAUUCCAGAGACAUAUAAUAGGUGUGGUAGGGUCAGAUGUGUAUGUGAUAGAGUUUCAAAAGCGUGGAUUGCCACAUGCACAUUUCCUCUUAAUAAUGACACCUGGAUAUAAGAUGAAUAAUCCAGACGAUUAUGACAAACUUGUGUGUGCGGAAAUUCCCGACCCAAUAAGAUAUCCUAUGCAAUUCAAUGAAAAGACAUCACAGGGAGAGGACUCAUAUCCAUUAUAUUAUAGGAGAAAUAAUGGAAUUGAGGUGACUGUAAGAAAUACAACAUUGGAUAACAGAUGGGUGGCUCCAUACAACCCAAAGUUGUUAAUGAUGUUUAAUUGUCAUAUCAACGUUGAGGUUUGUUUGAGUAUAAAUUCUGUGAAGUACUUCUUCAAAUAUGUUUAUAAGGGCCAUGACAAACAAGUUAUCCAUAUUGAUAAAGACCAAGAAAAUGUUGUUAUUAAUGAGAUACGAAAGUUUCAAGACGCACGUUAUGUGUCCCCUCCUGAGGCAUUAUGGCGAGUUUUUAUCUUUCCUCUUUCAAAAAUCCACCCUUGUGUGAUGGCCUUGCAAAUACAUCUCCCGAAUCAACAGUUGGUUAGGUUCAAAGACGGUGACAGAAUGGAAGACAUUGUUGAUAGGGAGAAAGAAAAACAUUCAAUGUUGACGGCAUUUUUCAAGAAGAAUAAAGAAGAUUCCAAUGCGAGAAAAUAUUUGUAUAAGGAUUUUCCCAAACAUUUUACAUGGAAUCGGAGCAACCAUUGUUGGAGGACCAGGGAACAUAAAUCAAUGAUUGGUCGACUUGUUUAUGCUAAUCCAGCUGAAGGAGAGAGAUACUACCUACGCCUGCUUUUAUGUCAUAUUACUGGGCCUACCUGUUUUGAAGAUUUAUACACAGCCAAUGGUGUAUUACACCCUACAUUUCGAAAAGCAGCUCUUGAAAGAGGUUUAAUAGAGACCGAUGAUAAUUUAUCACAAUGUCUUGUAGAGGCUUCCUUAUUUCAAUUUCCCAGCGCACUUAGAAGGUUAUUUGCGACGAUGCUGAUUUUUUGUGAACCAGGAAAUGUUCGCAAGUUAUGGGACGACCACUAUGAUUCUCUUUCUGAAGAUUAUAGGAAACAAUAUGGAUGUGUCGAACGAGUGCAAAAUAUGGUCCUCAUCGACAUUAGAGUCUUCCUAGAAUCUAUGAUUAAAAAGCUUAGUGAUUACAACAUUCCAAAUGUCAGUGCACACAUCGAUUUACAAUUAAGAGGCUAUCGUGAGGUGCAAGAAGAAUACUCUAUAAAUGUGGAAUAUGAAGACUUACAUGCGCGAGACUCUCUCUAUCCAGACCAGAAGUUUGCAUAUGAUGAGAUAAUGAGGCAUGUGGAUCAAAAUAUUUCGGGUGUGUUCUUCAUAGAUGGUCCCGGUGGAACUGGAAAGACAUUUUUGUACAAAGCUUUGUUGGCCAAUAUUCGUGCCUGUGGUCUCACAUGA